CGGCCGCCGGCGCCGUGAGCCCCGGCUGCGUGCCGGGCAUGCGGCUGCGGCCCCCGACCCCUGGCCCCCGCGCUCCGACCCCGGCCGCACGCCCCCGCCGAGGCCGCCGCUGAGGCGGGCGCCCCACCAUGCCGCGGGCCCCGGCGCCCCUCUACGCCUGCCUCCUCGCGCUCUGCGCGCUCGUGCCCAGCCUCCCAGGUCUCAACAUAUGCACUAGUGGAAGUGCCACCUCCUGUGAAGAAUGUCUGCUCAUCCACCCAAAAUGUGCCUGGUGCUCCAAAGAGGACUUCGGCAGCCUGCGGUCCAUCACCUCCCGGUGUGACUUGAGGGCAAACCUGGUCAGAAAUGGCUGUGGGGGCGAGUUUGAGAGCCCGGCCAGCAGCACUGAGGUCCUGCGGAACCUGCCUCUCAGCAGCAAGGGCUCCAGCUCGGCGGGCGCAGACGUCAUUCAGAUGACGCCGCAGGAGAUCACCGUGAACCUGCGGCCCGGUGAUAAGACUACCUUCCAGCUGCAGGUUCGACAGGUGGAGGAUUAUCCUGUGGAUUUGUACUACCUGAUGGACCUCUCCCUGUCGAUGAAGGAUGACUUGGACAGCAUCCGGAACCUGGGCACCAAGCUUGCUGAGGAGAUGAGGAAGCUCACCAGCAACUUCCGUUUGGGGUUCGGCUCUUUUGUAGACAAGAACAUCUCUCCCUUCUCCUACACAGCGCCGAGGUACCAGACCAAUCCGUGCAUUGGUUACAAGUUAUUCCCAAACUGCGUCCCCUCCUUUGGGUUCCGCCAUCUGCUGCCUCUCACAGACAGAGUCGACAGCUUCAACGAGGAAGUUCGGAAACAGAGGGUGUCCCGGAACCGUGAUGCCCCCGAGGGGGGCUUUGACGCAGUACUCCAGGCAGCAGUCUGCAAGGAGAAGAUCGGCUGGCGAAAAGAUGCUCUGCACUUGCUGGUGUUUACAACCGACGACGUGCCCCACAUCGCGCUGGAUGGAAAGCUGGGGGGCCUGGUGCAGCCGCACGAUGGCCAAUGCCACCUGAAUGAGGCCAACGAGUACACUGCGUCCAACCAGAUGGACUAUCCAUCCCUUGCCUUGCUUGGAGAGAAAUUGGCAGAGAACAACAUCAACCUCAUCUUUGCAGUGACAAAGAACCAUUAUAUGCUCUACAAGAAUUUUACAGCCCUGAUACCUGGAACAACGGUGGAGAUUUUACAUGGAGACUCCAAAAAUAUCAUUCAACUGAUUAUCAAUGCGUACAAUAGCAUCCGGUCUAAGGUGGAGCUGUCGGUCUGGGAUCAGCCUGAGGAUCUUAAUCUCGUCUUUACUGCUACUUGCCAGGAUGGCGUAUCCUACCCUGGUCAGAGGAAGUGUGAGGGCCUAAAGAUCGGGGACACGGCGUCCUUUGAGGUGUCGGUGGAGGCCCGGAGCUGCCCAGACAAACACGCGGAGCACGCGUUCACCCUGCGGCCCGUGGGAUUCCGGGACAGCCUGGGGGUGGCGGUCACCUACAACUGCAAGUGCAGCUGCAGCGCGGGGCCGGAGCCCGACAGCGCCAGGUGCAGUGGGAACGGGACUUAUGUCUGCGGCCUGUGUGAGUGCAACCCCAGCUACCUGGGCACCAGGUGCGAGUGCCAGGAGGGGGAGAACCAGGGCGGGUACCAGAACCUGUGCCGGGAGGCGGAGGGCAAGCCCCUGUGCAGCGGGCGCGGGCAGUGCAGCUGCAACCAGUGCUCCUGCUUCGAGAGCGAGUUCGGGAAGAUCUACGGGCCUUUCUGCGAGUGCGACAAUUUCUCCUGUGCCAGGAACAAAGGAGUCCUCUGCUCAGUAUGGUUCUCCUGGGAGAAGAAGAGGGCAAGCCUGGCCCGCUACCAGUGUCAAAUACAAAAGCAGGAGAAGGUGCUGCCGUAUGAUGUGGACUCAGAGUGGGAGGGAUCUGCCAUGGGUCAUCCAGGACUUACCUGCACAGCAUUCCUGACAGGCCACGGCGAGUGUCACUGUGGAGAAUGCAAGUGUCAUGCAGGUUACAUUGGGGACAACUGUAACUGCACAACAGAUGUCAGCAUGUGCCGGGCCAAGGACGGCCAGAUCUGCAGCGACCGCGGGCGCUGCAUCUGUGGGCAGUGCCAGUGCACGGAGCCAGGAGCCUUUGGGGAGACAUGUGAGAAGUGCCCAACCUGCCCGGAUGCUUGCAGCACCAAGAGAGAUUGUGUCGAGUGCUUGCUGCUUCACUCAGGGAGCCCGGCUGACAACCAGACCUGCCAAACCGUGUGCAAGGAUGAGGUGAUCACGUGGGUGGACACCAUCGUGAAAGAUGACCAGGAGGCUGUGCUUUGUUUCUACAAAACCGCCAAGGAUUGUGUCAUGAUGUUCACCUACGCAGAGCUCCCCAGUGGGAAGUCCAACCUGACGGUCCUCAGGGAGCCAGAAUGUGGAACCGCCCCCAAUGCCAUGACCAUCCUCCUGGCCGUGGUCGGCAGUAUCCUCCUGAUUGGGAUUGCGCUCCUGGCCAUCUGGAAGCUGCUUGUCACCAUCCAUGACCGGAGAGAGUUUGCAAAGUUCCAGAGUGAGCGAUCCAGGGCCCGCUACGAAAUGGCUUCAAACCCCUUGUACAGAAAGCCCAUCUCCACACACACUGUGGAUUUCACCUUCAACAAGUUCAACAAAUCCUACAACGGCUCGGUAGACUGACGGCUCCUUCUCAGAGGGCUGGAGGGGGCUGAGGAUCAAGUCAGAGACUGAUGUGCUGACAGCUGUUCGACUCAGUCACAGCUCCCUAGAUAGACGAGCACAGAGACCUUCCGGUGAGCCUGGGCCAGGAGCCCACUGCCUGCACAGGAAGGCACCCGGCCAUGCCACCUGGCUGCUGGGCCAGAGCCACACUAGGCACCACCCCUCCAAGCCCAGGAAAGGCCACGGAACCUUGGCACUCUCGCUUUCCCCACAGCAUCCAACUUGUCGUCUCAAUGAACUACUGAGAUGCUGGAUGGCCUCUCCCUUCCAGGAGGGCUGGGCCUCCAGUCUGGCCAGAUGAGGAGGCUCUUGGGAGUGUCAGCAUGUGUAAAAGUAACAAACGGUCUGGCUUUUUUUGUGUUGAUGAUUUUUGUAUGAAAUAAAAAGAUCGUGCAUUUAUGGUAUAGUUCUGAUUCCUGAGAAUUGUCUGCCUGAUGUCUAUGCCUUGCACAUGGGUGUUGGUGAUGGGAUUAUUGAGACGCCUGUUGAAGGCACAUAGUUUGCAAAUGUCAGUUUUCCUCUCCUGUCCAUGUUUGUUUAGUAUUUUUGUAAUGAAAAGGAAAGAGAUUGUUUGGGAUUGAAAGUAAAGAUUAAAACCAAAAGAUUUUGUGUCCGCCUGA